GAUAUAUAGAGAGAAGAUGGCCAUGACAACAAAGCCAAUUUCUUCAUUCGCCGUAUUUUUCAUUUUCUUUUUGGUUAUCUUUGAAAUGCCUGAGACCGAAGCGCAGGAUAGAGAGUGCUUGAAAGAAUACGGUGGUGAGGUUGGCUUCAGUUAUUGUGCGCCUUUGAUACGUCCGACGUUUUGUUUUAGACGAUGCCGUGAGGACAAGGGAGCUAAAGGUGGAGAAUGCCGUUGGGGAGAUGAGUUUAAUGUUAAGUGCUUAUGCGACUUCUGCAGCGACAAAGCUUAUGAUCAGAUUCUAAGUACUGGUAUUUGAUCAAUCCUGCAUGUGUAAAAAGAAAGGCGACGAUGGUCCAAGUAAUAAUGUAGUUGUCGUAAUGAAUAUGUGAAAUAAAUAAAAAAAGCCGGAAGUAUCCAAGGCUAUCAUCGCUUGAUCAUAUUAUGUGGUUUGUCUCGUGCAUGGUUAGAAGCGAAUAAAAUAGUUAUCGAUUUUCAUA